AUGUGUUCUCGAUCCUUUGUGGUGCAGAAGCGCAGCGCCAAGUCCCUAAACCGCUAUCAGAUUGGCGAUUCACUGGGAGCAGGCUGCUUCGGGACCGUAGCGAAGGCAACCGACAAGGUCUCAGGCGUUCGACGGGCCUUCAAGACUGUCUCCAAGGAAGCCGCAAUAAUGGCACUCCUGGACCAUCCGAACAUUUGCCGGCUCUAUGAUGUGAUUGAUGAUAAAGAGUACGCGUACUUCGUGAUGGAGCUCUGUUCCGGAGGUGAUUUGCAGAAGCGUCUCGAGGGUUUCACCGACCAGUUCUUGCCCGAACCCACGGCGGCGUCCCUUAUGAAGCAGCUGUUCUCUGCCAUGAACUACCUCCACCAGCUCUGGAUCGCACAUGGAGACUUCGCAGCGCGGAAUGUUCUGAUCAAGGAGGACAAGCCUCUGGAUCAAAGCAUGGUCAAAGUGGCAGAUUUCGGGAGUGCCCGCAGCGUCGACACGACGCAAGAUUCCGGAUCCCACAAGAGCGACAUUUGGGGUCUUGGGCGGCUCAUGCGCGGCCUUGUUUGUGACAUUAGCCGCGUUCUGGGCAAGUCCACGAUCGCAAGUGCCUCUGGUCAAAUGUCGGCUCGAAAGCCGAUGGACGACAGUGCAUGGCUUGGGCAUUCGGACGAGUCGCGCUGCCUUUGCGGCCGCAUUCUUCGCCGUGAUCCUGCUGCAAGGUGGACAGCAGAAGAGGCUUUGCACCAUCCCUGGCUGAUGGGCGCGAAAAUGCAGUCGAAGGAGGCAGCCGUUCCAGAGAACAUCCUGCAGCGCCUACAGGCCUUCGCGAAUGCCAGCUGCCUGGAGCGGAUUGCGCUGCAAGCCAUCGCCGAGCAGAGAGGAGGCUGCGAAAACCUCUUUGUCACGCUUGACAAGGACGCUGAUGGCCUCCUCACGCCAGCAGACCUCCAGUGCUCCUUGGAAGAAGUUUUCGGCACAGCCACCGAGAUGCCGAACUUCCAUUCACUCCUGGCCGAGGUCGAUCCGGAUGGUGUCGGCGUUUUAGAGCUUUCAACCUUCAAGGCUGCGAUGCUCCAGGCAGCCAGCGUGGACAAGAGAAUGAUACUAGCCGGCUUCCGCGUGAUCGACAAGGACAUGGAUGGCAAGAUUACCGCCAGAGACCUUCUGCGAGUGUUUCCUGAACUCGAGGCGGAGGAGGCAUCCAGCAUGGUGGCGGCCUUCGAUUUGGAUUGUGAUGGAGGUCUUAAUUCAGAGGAAUUCUCCGAUAUGGUGCAGUCCUAUUUCCACGGGCAAACUGCUGAAGGCACCUGGCCAAAGACACCUCUGAAGCGGAAGACUCCCGAGAUGAGACGUUUCAAGCUUUUCUCGAUGAGCAUGAGGAACUUCCGCACUGUGGACGACGACGAUAAUGACGCUCACUCGAGCUGCGUCGCAUCAAGUAUCUUUACCACGAGCAACCUGGCUGGGGACAGCCGCCUGGUCGAGUCCAGCAGCAGCAGCAGCAGUGGCGGGGAUGAAGAGAACGUAGCAUUCGUGGCAUCAUCCUUGUCCCUGUUGUCUCAGCCGCAGGCAGAGCCCACAAGGCCGGGCAAGCCGCCCCUCAAACCGGCUUCGAAGCCGGCGGUGGCCAAGCCUCCCGUGAGCAAGCCGGCUGUGGUGAGCAAGGUGUCGGCAAGGGCCGCUGCCUCUGCAGAUAGUCGGCCUGUCGCCCAAAAGUCAGGGGCAGAGCCGGCUACGGCAGCUACGGACAAGGCUGUGAAGCUCGAGGCCUCGAAGAAGACGGACUCACUCCCCAAAGCUGCGGGCAGAGAGUCUCCUGCGAGCCCCGACGAUGCCGAAGAAGUUCUUCAACCGGCCGACAGCCAGAUUUCGACGCCACAGCUGAAAGCUAACUCGAAGAAGCAGCUUGGCCAUAUCUACCUGGAGAAGUCUGACAUGACGAGCGAAGCCAGCUCCCGCUACUACUUGGAAUUGGCAGCGCGUGCCUGCGCGGAUGCCGUUGCCGCUGCUGGCAAAGCCAGGAUGAAGCGCACCUGGGGCCAGGCGCUGUUAUUUCGCGGAAGAGCUAUGCUGCGAUUAGGACGGAGAAUGGAGGCAUGGCGAAGUGCCGUCGACUCCUCGAACAAGUGCCAGGAAGCUGGCGAUGGCCCGGGCAUGUGCAGAGCCCUCCUUCUAGCUGGGGAGAUUCAGAUUGAGAACAAUGACCUGGCCAUGGCGAUGGACAUCUUGGUGCAGGCGCAGGAUGUUGCAGAGCUUUGCUCGGGCCCCAGUGAAUUUCUACCGACAUCCGGCGACAAAAGACACCACCCAGAGCUUGAAGGCAAGAACGAGGCCCCUGUGGCCGCGGCGAUACAAAUCGAAGAUGUUGCCGAAGCUGCUCCGGCCGCAGCGACUGAGGCGGCUCAGGCUGUGAGCUCUGCGGCCCCAGCUGCACCGAAAGGCUUGGACCCAGUGCUGGUGAGGAAGGCCGUUAUGAGACUCGUCAAGGAUGCGAUUGCCGAUGACGGAGAGUUGGAGGUUGACAGCCCCUUCAUGGAAGCCGGCAUGGACAGUCUUUCCAGCGUGGCGCUCACAAGUUCUUUGGCAAAGGAGUUCGGGUUCGCCCUCAGCCCUUCGUUGGUGUUCGACUUCCCGAACGUGCGUGCCUUGGAGGCGCAUCUCGUCGAAGAGAGUUUGAGUCGCUGA